CCGCUGGUCGCACUCGCUUUGUUGAGCUCGACAAGCGCCACAAAUAUUCUGCUCAUCGCGCUCGACGACGAGCAGUCCACAAGCACAUACCCGCAAACCUACUGCAUCCCCUCAGCGUCGUCGCUGCCACUCCCAAGCUCGUCGCCAUCGGCAAGACCGGCCCAAUAGACGGAUAGCUUCCCCGCCGCCGCUUCCGCCGUCCCCGCCGUCGUCGCCAACGAUGCCGCGCAGAGCCCCCGCCCCGCCCGCCCAAAUGGCCCCGCCCCAGCCGCCUUCAUGGCUUAUACCCCAUAUCCAGAAAGUGCCGGAGCAGCUCGCCAUCCUGAGGACCAAUUGGAAGUGGGCUGCGUUCAGCCAGUUCUUCUUCACCUUCAAUCCCCUCUUCAACAUGGACGAUGUCACCCUGACUGCCAUUGAGGACGACUUGUACCUGGGCACCAACCUCGUCCUACCCCGUAUUGUGCAGCGCCUGCUGUGGACGCUCAGCUAUGACCGCAAAUCGCUGUCCGACGCUUGGCAGACUGUCCUGCGACGCCAGUACGCCAAACGCGACCCAGCAGCGAACCCCAUCGGCCCGGACCCCUCCCUCACUGCGAAUCGCGCCUCCGGCUCCCGCUACAACACUGCCGAGCCUGAUGCUAGUGUCCAGGAGAAUGGAACGUCAUCACCCCCGCCACAUAGAGCGUCCAGCUCUGUCAACGACGACCCGGGCAACGCCGCCGAGGGUGGAGAGAGUGAUGCUGCGGUCCUGCCCAAAGACUCCAAUGACCAAGACGGAAACGAGACCGGCGACCGUCAGGAUCAUGGCGACGCGAACACUCAUAAGCCGACCGACGCCGUCAAGGAGGAGGUCGGCGACCUCACCAACGGGCUGGUGGAGGAGCCUAAGGAUUGGCUACAGCUGCCUAUGCUAGAGAAGCUCGACUGUCUUCACCUCCUCACCGAGUGGCAGUUCCAGAACCCCUCCCGACUUCGCCAACUCAUGAAGUCCGACGGCGAUCAUGCUGAAUGGCGCAUCGAGCCAAUUGGCUACGACGUGAAGAAGAACGCGUACUGGCUCAUUGGAGAGGACCGUCUCUGGAUUCAGCGCGCCAUCCCGAAGCCACCUCGCCAGAACAACAAGCGCAAGCGCCCCGCCGCUACCCCAGCAAAGAAUGCGAAGAACAACAAACGGUCAUCAGCCAAACGCGCUCGCGUAGAGCCCGCGCCCACCCCCACCAAGUCUCGUGCAUCGACUUCGCGAGCUUCCACAUCCCGCAAGAAACGCGAAACGUCCGUUCCUGCGACCCCCCCUGCCGGAGGCCGUGGUGGCUCCCGGGCAGCCAAGGCCCAGGCGAACACUAAGCUCGAAGCGCAAGCCAAAGAGCUAGCAGAGCUGCAGCGCCAAGCCCAGCUUGAUGCCAGCCGUCGCGCUCAUCCCACUGGCACUCGCCUUAGCUCCCGCCUCCGUGGGCGGGAGGAAGACGAGGAGUGGCAGCAGGUGCCCGACGCGUGGCUCAACGGCGACGACGAGAUGGACGUCGAUUCGGGUAGUGACCGGCGAAGGUCGACGGCCAGCGGACGGAGCACGAGGAGCUCUGCUCGACAAGCCGUGCCGCCGGAACGAUCAACUAGAGCCACUGCUAUCGCAAACGCCCGUGCUGCUGCUGCUAAGAAGCGCAAGGCGCCCGACAGUGACGACGAGGAAGAGGAGGAAGCGGAGUCAGACGACAAGGACGACAAGCAAGAUGGUGCGCUGUCCGAUGACAGCGAGCUAACGGAGCUGUCGGACGACGAUGAGGAGCCGCAGGAAGAGGAGCAGGAGGUCAAGUCAGAUUCUGAGCACGCGCAGGAGGAAGUGGAGGAGCAAAAGGCCCAGCUAGAGGAGCCGAAGGAGCCGCCUCUACCGGAAGGCUUCGUCGAGUGGGAGACGAUUGCUGUGACCUUGGAGGAGUGGGAGCACGUCGGCGAUCCCUUCGAGAAGGCGACACACUACCUGGAGAAGGCGCUUUAUAAGACCCUGACCAAGGUCAUCGCGCCCCUCGUCAUAGAGGAUCUUCGGGCUGUGCUACGCGAGAAGCAAAAGGAAGAAGCGAUUGUGCAUCGCAAGCGCUCAUCGCGUAUCGCUGUCAAAGAGUCCGCGAAGGAAGAGGCUCGCCUAGCUGCUAAGCGUCAGGCCGAAGAGGAGGAGAAGAACAGCCGGGCGCGGCGUCAUGAAGCACGACUUGCUAAGGAACAAGAGCAGAGUCGUGAAGCUCGCGAGUCCGCGAGAGAGCAACGGAAGCGGGAGAGAGAAGAGCGUGAGGAGCGCGCGAGGAAGGAGCAGGAAGAGAAGGAACUGGAGGAACAAAGGAAAGCAGAAGAAGCUGCACGAGUGCCUUCUUUGGACGAGCAUGCGUCAAAGGCGAACGGUUCCGCAAAGAGUCGCAGAAGCCACAAGCGCAAGGCCCCUGCUCAAGCGCCGGCUACCAGCGAAGUCAAGCUCAUGCCUGCGCCUUCUGGUUCACGAACACCAGAGUGGGAGCUCGACUGCGAGGUCUGUCAUCGCCACGGCUUCAACCUCGACGAUGGAGUCCCCAUGAUGUGCUGCGGAUCGUGCCAACGGUGGCAGCACAUCCGAUGCCACGACAGAGUUGACCUUGCUGCGGGGCGCCCGAAGCGCGAUUGGAACACAGUCGACUUUGUGUGCAAGCGAUGUCGGGAGCUGGCGUACGCGCGGCAGCAGCAGCAACAUCAGCAGCAGAUGCCGUAUUAUGGGGCAGCCGCGCGGUCUGCCUACCCUCAGCAUCAGUACGCGAUGACGCAGCAGCCGGCGGCUGGUUACGGGGCAUAUCAAAGUGGCUGGGGAACGGGGGCGAGCCAGCCAUACACGACCCCGUAUGCAGGCGCGUAUACGAAUGGACAUGCUCCGGCGUAUGGGCAGCCUGGAUACUCCUCGUACCACCAGCCGGCGUCAUACGCGGCUGCCAAUGGCGUGUAUGCCAAUGGAGCCCCUGCACCGGGCGGUUCCGCGCUGUCUAAUGGGGGAUAUCUCGGUCAGGCGCAGUCUGAUACGACGAAGUGGGCGAUGCAUGCUCCGGCGCCGAAUGGAUAUGCGCCAGCACCGUAUGCAGAGAGCAGUCGGUAUUUGCAUACGCAGCAGGCGCCGGGCACGGCUGGGUACGGGGUGUAGAGGUUUGCAUUAUCCACGUACUUUGUCGCUGGACCCGGAUGCUUAGAGCGUUGAGCCCGUUAUACGUGCGACCGUCCAUCACACAUAUCUAUAUAGACACGCCCGUCGACGUACACGGGAGAGCUAGACAGCCGUCGGACUUUGUGCUGUAGCCCUUGUUUGUCCCUUUGUUUAUUGUAUACUAGCAGAGGGGACCCGAGUUAUGAAAUCAUGGAAAUGCAUUGCAAGACGCGCGAUAAUAUAGUACAGUUGCAAUUCAAUUUCAGGACUACGGACUGG